AAAACAUCUUCUGCUGAUUGUAACAGCCUGGAGGGUUUUGCCGGGGUUAUAAAAGAAGUCGAGCUCCACCCAUACUGCACUAAUUCUCCUGCAGGCUGCUGAGGUAGGUUCGAGCUCUUUCUAUUCACAUUAUAAACAGUUUUAUACUAACUUUAUCUCGCACUUUUGAAAACUGAGUAAAGGUUAAGUUCACAUUGCAUGUAACAUCUGCAGGAUCUCAUUCAUUUCCUUUUACCUCCUUUUUUGUACAGUGUUAAAACGGCGCAACCAUGCCUACACCGGGUGUGUGUAUGAACAUCAUCAAUGCACGGCGCAAAAAAAACGGGUAUGGGACUCCUACCAACCCCGAGAGGUUCCUCAACCAAGACUACGUGCAGCUGAAGCAGUACUGUCUGGCCAAACGUGUAAGAUACGUCGAUGACAUGUUCCCACCUGACAAGAGAUCCAUCGGAGACGAGGUCCUGAGCCCUUCUGAUUUGGCCAGAGUUGAGUGGCUGAGACCACAUGUGAGUGUUUUUAUUAAUUAGAUUUAAUCUGAGGACUACUUGAUACAUUUGGAUGUGUCUUGCUAUCCCCUUACAAACCUUUCUUCUUCUUUCUACUCCUUCUGACUUAUAAACUCUAGUAUAUAUGUUUCUACCUGGCAACUCCCAGCAUGAUACACAUUGAACUUUGCUCAGAGACGGGUCUGCCACUCACUAUGAUGUAAUAUUAUUGUGGCAUUCCCAGUCUAUACAGUAAAACGCAUGCGAUACAUGUACUUUGUUGGUCAACACAUUUGAGAAAAUAUGUGAUUUAACUCAAAUCAGACUCAGAAACUCCUGUUUUUGAUCCAUCAUGUUUUUGAUCGAAGAUUGAAUCAGCUGUUCAGAUGACUUUAUAUAGAUAACCUCUCUCUGUCUGCAGCCGCUGCCACCGGUCGGUGUCAGACAGAGCGAUUAACAGUAUAUCUAAACUAACACUUAAUGAACUCCUGCUUGUUAUUCUCUGUGUUUCAGAAAAUUGUUAACACUCCAUCUUUUACUGUCAGUGGGGUCUCCAGGUUCGACUUUGGUCAAGGCAUGGUCGGUAAGAAAUUGACUUCCUCGAUGACUAAUGUUACAUGAUUAACGAUUAACAGAGAAUAAGAUUGUUAAAUAAAGAUAAAACAAUUCUGUGCUAAUAAAACUGCUCUACAUUGCUCUAAUAAAAUCUGAUCCAAAGCUUGUCGAGGACGCAGGAAAACAUCCAAAGUCUGUUGAUUGAAUGAAAGAAAUCAGAAAAAGCAGAAAAAUGAAAGUGAAGGUUCAUCUUUUAAACUGCUUUUCUGCAUCCCCUCACUUGUUAUGUCUUGUUAUGUCUUGUUUCAGAAAAACAGGAAGAACAGUAUGUUUAAGGCGACAUCAGAUGCCCUUUCCUCCGCCCUGUAAUGAAACACAAUGUCUGUUUGUGUCAACACCCUCAGCUGGAUUAGCCGCUGGAUUGACAGUCUUAAUUAGCAGUUUGCGUCCUCUCACAGCUGCACUAUAAUAAUCCCAAUAAAACACUAAACCUGAGGCUUUUUUCCAACUCUUAACACAUGCGCAUAAAAAAGAACCUGCAGUCUGUUUCUUUUAUCCUGCUUGGAGCCAUAUAGACCAAUAUCUCCUGCCUGAUGUAUCAUUAUUCAAUGAUUUAUUAACAAUUGGCAUUCACGUUCACUGACAACCUGAUCUGAACUCUGUUUUCCACACACACAAACAGACACGCACUCUUUCGUGUCUUUCCACAUUCUUUUAUAAGUUGUAUCUUUCUGCUCUACUUAAAGUACAUAAUGUAUAUAAGACCAUACACGGGUGAAUGUCUUUGACUAAGCAGUUAAACUUGGAAGACUCUGUCAGUUUGAAGGAUCUCUCUCUUCUCUCUGUUACGUGAUGGUUUAGUUCAGUCUGAUCAGCGGCAGCGUUACACCUCCCUAUUUGAACUUUUCUCCAUCUCGCUGCAGACCUAGAUGAUAUAACAAUAGAGUAUUUUUUGUUGUGGGCCUCUGGGUCUUUCUUUGUCAGUAUAUCCCUCACACAGACAUCUAUACUGAACUGAUCUCACAUGUCUGGACAUGCCCGGUGUUGUUUUUUUGUGCAUGGCAAAAUAAGAAUCCCCUUAAUCUCACAUGAUUGUAAGAGGACCUGACUGUACCUGAUGGUACCUGUCAGUACACUUAUGAUUUCAGUUUUUGCUCUAAUUAUUAGAUAUUGAUCUAACUGAGUCAACAACGACCCUAACACAACAAGUGUCACAAUUUUAAGAAGAGCACUUUACAAUUUAGUCAAUUAAAUUUUUUUGUUUUGUUGAAAUUGAGGUUCCUGACAAAGUCAAAAAGUCUUGAUGCACAAAAGCUAAUUUAAGUGGUUCUUUUAAGCAAAAACGGGUCGGUGCAGACCCAGACACAGGAGGAGGGUUAAGAUCUAAAGUUUAUCUCACUAAAACUGGAGAGAUGAUAAAGUUAUGAUAUUACUUGGAUAAUGUUACAGCUGUUAACUUUUAUUGUUUUUUUUAUUUGCACGUGCGCUCCAUAGUUAUCUUAUGAAAGAAGUAGUGAUUUUUCAAUGUUGAUUAUGACUUUAUUCUUGUAAUAUAAUGACUGUAUCUCUCAGUAAUGUUUUUUUUCAUAAAACCAUGACUUUAUCAUUGUAAUGAUCACAAACUCUGACUUCUCUGAUUUCAUUCAACCAGGAAACUGCUGGUUCCUCGCAUCUAUCGGGGCGCUGACAUUCCAGUCGUUUAUUUUAGGGCAGGUUGUCCCACUCGACCAAAGAUUUGAUGAGGAUUACUGCGGGCUGUUCCGCUUUAGGGUAACCACACAAACAUCAUAGCUUGUGUUGAACUAAAUCAUCAAAAAUCAUCAUUUUGCUUCAAAUAACUACGUCUCAUUCCUGUUCUGUCUGAUGAACUCAGUUCUGGAGGUAUGGCAGAUGGGUGGAGGUCAUCGUCGAUGACAAGGUACCAACGAUUAAUGGAAAACUCAUCUUUGUUCACUCCAAAGACCCGAAUGAGUUCUGGCCUGCUCUGCUCGAGAAAGCUUAUGCAAAGUAUGAAACACUUUUACUUUUAUAUUUCAUAAUUAUUAUUAUAAUUAUAGUGUGCUGUACCUCAAUAGUAGGCUUGUUUGUGGUAACUUUCCAAUCACUUCUGACAGAGUGUGUGGUUCCUACACCGAUAUGAACGCUGGGACUCCCUCUGAGGCUCUGAUGGACUUCACUGGUGUCAUCCACAUAUGUGUGGACCUGUCAAAACCCCUGCUUGAUCCCUGGGAGCUGAUGUGCAGAGCCGCCCAGUCCAACUCACUGAUGGCUUGUGGAACGCCCCAAGGGGUAAGUGCACACUUAUGCAGCCUUCGCAUGGGGUUUAAAACUGAGGUGUUAUACAUUGAAUAUUUUACCACCUUCAUUUAAAGAGGAAAUUAAACAAAUUAGGGUUUAUGAAUUAUCAGUAUUAUUACCAGUAGGCUAACAGUAAAUUUCACUUAUCAGCUUUUAAUUUGAAAGGCUGUAAAUAAACUUUCAACAUAAGAAAAAAAAAUACACUUGGUAGAUUUGCUUUUAUUUUAAAAGGCUUCGAAAUUAUCUCCCAACAUAAAAAAAUAAAAGAAAAAAAAGCAAUCCUGGUAUACAAGCUUUUAUUUUGAAAGGCUUCAAAUCAGUGUCUGGUCCACUCAUUGGAGGUGGGUCCUCACAGUGGAGGUCUGCAUUGUCUGUCUUGGAGAUAGUGACAAUAAUGCAUGUAUUGUAAGUGCCUGAUAUUAACCAUUUAUUGUUGUGACGCUGUUAAACUGAGAAUAUUCAUGAAGACAUUAUCCAGAAAGCUUUCUCAUUGGGGUUCCAGCGUUUUGUAGGCUCUAGGAUUGAGGCUCCAUACACAUUUCCCACAGUGACGGACCCGGUUGAAAGAUUGGAGGUUAAACUGACCCUAAACUUUUGUACGACAGGAUGUCGACCAGAUCUGCUGUGUUGUGUCUGAUGACCCUUACGCUGUUUUUACUGUUUAGGAGACAUCGGCGAACACUGUGCUACCAAACGGACUGGUCCAGGGUCAUGCCUACACAGUCACUGGUGUCAAACAGGUGAAGAAGUGUAAUGGUAUCUCAUAACAUAUUUGACAAUUGUUUAGUUUAUAUUAUAAGUUUUAUUCUCUGAUAAUUGCUGCUCAGAUUAUUUGCCAAGGGAAAACUGUGAACCUGGUGCGCUUGUUCAACCCCUGGGGUAAAGGAGAGUGGAACGGAGACUGGAGCGAUCGGUAAGAGUCUUCUAUUCUCCAAAUUGGAUAUCAUAUAGAGAUUUUGCUCUAAGUCUGAGUGAUUACAUGCACAAUGAUGUGUAAUUCUAUCUGAAACAAUCUAGAAAAGAUAAACUUUAAUAUCAACAUUUUCUGUCUUUUUAUUUGUAUGAUUGUUUGACUCUGAAGAUCCCCGUUGUGGAAAAUGGCCAGGCCUGAGGAUCGAGAGCUGUGCCUCUCUGCGGCUGAUGAUGGAGAGUUUUGGUAAGGGUGUUAAAAUGAAAACUUGGCAAAUAUAAGUUAAGUACUUGCUUGCAUGGUCUAAAUCUACCGCUGGUUUCAACAGGAUGCCCGUAGAAGACUUCUGUAAGUUUUAUUCCGACCUGGACAUCUGCUGCAUGUGUCCGGACUUCCUGGAUGAAGGCUCUGAAUGUCACUGGAAGACAUCGGUCUAUGAGGGACGAUGGGUUGCAGGAACCACUGCAGGCGGAUGCAUGAAUUACCCCGGUACUUUCAGGAUUUCUAAAUUUACACCCAAACUUGAUUACAUUAUUUAGUGACCGGUGACACAAGAUUAACAAAUGCAGUCAAUAGAAACUGAUGUAUGUUAGUUUAACAGCAGCUCUUCUCUUUGCUCCACCCACAAGAUCGUAGCUACCAUGAACAGCGACGCACAAUCCUGAUUAGUGCUGUUGCUGUAAUGGGACGUUUUGGAGGCACUAAGUUAAUAAAUAACAAAUUUGCUGCCAAGUGGAGCAGUUUGGCUUUAUGUCACAUGUAGGACCCAUUUGUAGAAGCCAAAGAGUUUAAUCAAACAAAAAAAACAAAAACUGUAAAACAACAAAAACGUUCUUACCUGAAAAUCCAAAUCUCGAAUAACUAAAAAACACUGGAGCUGUGUGAACAAACACAAGGACAUGGAGUUGAUGAUGAAAAACAAAAACACUGUUUGUUCAGGCGUGCCUUCAUUGUAGUCAUAAAACAUAAUCGUGCAUUGGAAUAGUCACUACUUUUGUGUGCUUACCACAUUUUUUUUACUAUUUAAUUUUUUUCUCUCAGACAGCUUCUGGACUAAUCCGCAGUAUCGGGUGACGAUUGAGAAGUUACCAAGUGAUUGUGCUGCGAAACAGGGUGAAAAAAACAUGUUUGUGUCCCUCAUGCAAAAGCCAGACAAGAGGAACAGACGUCUGGUGAAGAAUCUCCACAUCGGAUUCGCCAUAUAUGAGGUAAAGAGAAUAAAAAACAACAUUAAAACUGUUUUUUUGGACAAAAGAGACAAACAGACACUCGUUAGUCAUGUUUGUGUUUGUAUUUGUUCAGGAUUAAAUAAGUGAAAUGUUUUUAGCCUUUAUUUUGACAUAUUACAGACACUUUUUCUUGUCUUUUUUUCCUCUUCCAAUUGUCAUCAACUUCUUCAAAGGUGACCCAAAAAGUGAGUAUCAUUUUAAUCACAGUCCUCAUGCACAGUCUAAAUUGUGCCAAUAAUAAAAAACAAAAAUCUUUCUUUACUGCUGUACAGGAUGAGGAAUAUGGGGGAAAGUUGAAAGCCUCCUUCUUCAGGAAAAAUUCGCCUGUCGCAGUAACAAAGCCAUACCUGAACGCACGAGAAGUAAUGGAGUUGGUGACGCUGAAGCCCGGCGAAUACCUGAUCGUGCCGUCAACUUUCAGUCCCAAUGAAACGGCCUCCUUCAUCCUGACCAUCAUCUCCAAGUCUGAGACCCACGUUCAGUAAGUUCCUGACAGCUUAUCUACCGGUUUUCAUGAGCACCUUUUUUAAAACUUGAAUUUUUCUGCACUUUAUUGAGAAUAUUAACCGAGAAUCAGAAGCGAAGGAUUGUAUUUUUCAUAUUUUGUACAGUUAGCUGCUUUAGUGUCGUGUUUCCUAAUGUACCAAGGAAGCUUAUCUAAAACAUGACUCCAAAUUUGAAGUUGUAUUUGAUUUUUACCUGCUGAUAGACAUCCACAGUCUGGCUAAUUCCAGUCAAAAUGAGUCUCAAUGAUGAGAUGAUCAGUCAAAGGAUCAUUACUCUUAGUUUAGAGGUCAGAAUAAUCAGUGGAUUCGUCAGACUAUGAGUUAAAGAGAAUUCAUGUUGCUAUAGUAGGAAGACAAGAAACUGAAUUUUACAUAUAAAUGUAAUAAUUAUGAGAAAAAACUCCAAAUUAUGAGAAAGUGAAGGUUAAAUCACGAGAGAGUGAGUCAAAGUUAUGAGAAAAAAGGUUUAAAUGUUGAGAAUGUGAGUCAAAGUUUUAAUGAGAGAGAGAGGAAACAUUUUUCAAAAAUCACAUUUAUGAGCUGAGACUAGAUAAUAAUCAUAUGAUAGAUAUUAACAAGAUCAAAAGUGAAAGUAGAUGAUUCACACAUCUCUAUCUUCUUUAACAUGAAGUCAAUCUGCUGAUUUCAGAGAGACUGACGUCUGUUUGACCUUUAGUCUAAGAUCAUUAAAACAGAAAGAUAAACUACAUCAGGUUUCCUCCUCACCCAGUAAUACAUUAAGCUCUUCUUUCUGUGUGAAAGUAACCUUUGCAAUUGUCCGAGCAAAGAGAAUAUGGCUGGAAAAAAGCUCACUGACCCACGGACCAGCCGACUUACACGAGGGUAGGGCUGCCGGAUUAUGUCGUAAAUCACAAUGACGAUUAUUUUGAUUGAUGUCAUGGUUAUAAAAAUCAAUCACCUAUGAUUUGACAUCGGCACCACACUGAUCAGCCUCUUUAUUUUGCACGUCUGUCUGUUUACCUGAAUGAUCUAAAUGAAUGAAUAAAAAAAUUAUAUCUACACAGAUAAACUCAAAUCCUUGGGUACGAGGUGAAAGGGUUCAAGUGACGUCACAUGCAAGGGAGACUUAAUCGAGCCCCGACCUUGUGGGCCGAUGCUAUAACUUGUAUGUGUUUAAAAUGUAUACUAUUAUGAAGUGUUAUCAGAAUAAGACUGGAAAUGUCGAUAAAAUACCACAUGACACCAAGUUGGAGCUCGCAGCAGCAGCAGCGUCUCCAUUGUCAGCCAUCAUUGCAGAUGUGCGAUUGGCAGAUUCAGGGCUUGAUUAAGUCUCCUUGCGACCUGCCUGUGACCCUGAGUGUGUGUAAAUGAGUAGAAGUCUAGUAACACACACACAAACAAAAGUGAAAGUACAAUGUAGUCUUGGAGAAUAUUGUGCAUGUGUACGUCCUGAUCCCAGCCUGCUACAUGACUGACGAGCGCUGUCACUUUAAGGCUCCUCCCACAGGUGUCUGAGAGGCCGAUCCCGAGGCCAUUACAGCUAAUACUUACCAUCCCAUAUUAUUAUUUUCUUGUCUUUAUGAUUGUUUUAUACGGUAGCGUAUUGCAUUCACCUACAAAAAGAUGAACUUUUUUUUUUAGUUUUUUUUUUUUUUUUUUCCGCUGUUUUUCGGACUAAUUUUUUUCUUCUCUUUGUUUUUCGGACUAUUUUUUUCUUCAUUUUUUUUUGUACUAAUAUUUUUUCCCCCUCUUUCUGUUUUUCAGACAUAUUUUUAUUUUGUUUUUUGGAUUAUUUUUUUCCCCCUAACUAAGUGAGAUACUUCAAAAUCCUGCGAGAAUCUCAUACAAUCAGAUAACGUUAACCACCACAGCUCCUCAAAAUCUUUUUUUUUUUUGGUGAAUGCAAUGUGCUUCCGUAGUUUCAAAUCUCAUAUUUUAUUAUUUUGAAAUUUUACAUUCAAUAAAGAUAUAUAUUAUACUCUCUUUCAUGAUUUCACAUUUUAAUUUCCUAAUUAUUUUAACUUUUUAAAACUUUAUUUCUAUGUUUUUUACCAAUGGAAAUGGGCUAACAUACGUUUAAUUGUUAAACCAUCAUUUUUCAACAAGGUAUUUUUUGUAAUCUGUUAUUUAAUCAGCCGAGACUUUGUUAAAUCAAAAACAACUCUCCUUGAAACAAAGUGAUCUUCUUCACCCACUGUUAAUCAAUUAAGCGAUUGUAAUGUCCUACAAUAAUCACAAAAUCGAUUGUUAAUGUGUCUCUGGUUCGUCUUUCCUCUCAGUGAAAAUUCAGGUGGCCACAACUAUGAACACAUGGAAGUGGACGAGGUGCGUAUCAUAUCAGUCAUUGCUUUUGUUUUGCAUGUUGAUUGAUGUCCAUGAAUCACUGAUAGCUCCGGUGGUUCAGUGCAUCAGCUGAUCCCUGUCAAUCCUUUGCAGCACGGUCCACACAAAAACGGAGAAGACGAAGCAGAAAAAAAUCGAACCUUCUUCCGUCAGUUCUCUGACAAGGUGAGCUCUAUGUUGCUUUUGGUGUUUCAUAAUGUACGUAUCAAAAUGAACUCAGUUUGGACGUGUGGUAGCCAUUUAAGUCCUGUUUGCAUUUCCUCCACAGUAUGAAGAAGUGGAUGCAGAGCAGCUCCGGGUCAUUCUGAAUGAAAAAAUCCUGAGAGGUUUGGACUCUAAACACCUGCAGCCUAUGAAACAAAACUGUACAAAUAACAUGCCUAAACUUGAUGUUUAAUGGUGCUUCAUUUCUUUCUGUUGCUUUUCAGGAAAUUUGAAAAAUGGAGGCUUUAGCAGCGAUGCCUGUCGCAGCAUGGUUGCUCUGUACGAUGUAUCCUCUCAUUCAGUGUUGACUCUUACAACAUGACCCUCUAGUCACUGUUGUUACAUAAAACAUACCAGUAGCAUGCGUGCCACAGCCUGCCGCCGCUUUUGUUUAUUCAGUUCUUACAGUAAAUACAAAAAAGGUCCAGUAUUUCAUGAUGCAACAUGUACUGGUUAAGUACCUUAAUGAUGGUUUAAAGACGUCAAUCACCGGCAAGCUGAAUGGUGAAGAAUUUAUCCGAUUGAGUGACAGGAUCAUCACAUACAAGGUAAAAAUAAGCAAACAAGUAAUGCUUAAAGAUUACAUUGGCCUCUCUAAAAGAGACAGGUGUUAUGUAAGAGUGCAUCCUGUUGAAAGAUUGUGAUCCUGAUCUUUGGUUUGUGUGUUUUCUGGCAAAGUUUCCCACACUUUAAUAUCGUCCUUUCUCUGAACCAGGACAUUUUCAACAGCAUGGACGUCUCACAAACGGGAACACUGUCGCUCACUGAGCUUAGGAAUGCCCUCAUGGCUACAGGUAAGCGAUCAAUGGUUUUGAUUUCAGUGUUUUUUCUGCUCAGUCUGUGCCAGAGAGCCUCAGUCCUCUCUGUCACUCUGUUACAUAAGGUGUGGACUUCCUUGUGGCAGUUCAAAUAGACUCAUGAGACAGGUCUGGACAGAGAACAGGAAGGUGAUUCUGGGUGGGCUCUUAAGGCCACCCUGGCUGAAGUUAAGCUCUGAUUGUCGUCACUCAAGCUGCUUUUUCUGCAGCCCUCUUAUCCUCAAUUGCCACCGCAUCUGGAAUGGCGGCAAAAAGGCCGUAUGCGGCGAUCAACGCUGACCGUUUCCAUUUAAGUUAACGUGUCAAUUCCACUAGCUUCUUUCCAUCUCACUGUGGUUCAGUGGGCUCCACAGCCAAACGGCAGGGAAGUCAGGCACAGACACAAAAUAAAACAUCCAGCUUCUUUUCAAAAUAAAAAACUACGUGUUUCAGGCAGAUUGUAUUUCACACCAUACAAACUUGAGCGGGGAUGAACAUGUCAAAGGUUUUCAGAGAUCAUUUCACCUCGUUGACACCGUGGAUGAGGAGAUGCUGAUUCUAGAAGUCUAGAAGUGGAUUUCCUCCUCUUGAAGGACACAAUCUACUGCUUCUAUGGUUCUGUGGCUGUCUCUAUAGAGGUCUCCCAGGUCUUCCGGGAACUCAGAGUGGCUGCUCAGAUAUCACAGUCCUAGCUCUUUUGUGCUCCUACAUGUCCAACAUCUCUUCUUCAGAAGAGUUGUUAGAUGUGGUAGACAGAUCGAUUGAUCACGAUGGAUGGAUGGAUGAAUGAAUGAAUACUUUGUCAUCAUGUAAAACAAAUGGGAAAAGGGGGACCCAGAUGGAUUGUGCCCGGUGUUGAGGACAUGUACAAACCUUGACCAGACCUUAUCUUUCGUCCCUCAGGAAAGAGGAUCAAUGAUGAAAUGCUGAACUUGAUGGCAGUGCGUUACGGCUCCUCCUCUGGACAGAUGUCACUGGAGAAUUUCAUCAGCCUGGUCCUUCGUUUUGACUGCAUGUACCGUAAGUGAAGUCAGAUUUAAUCACAGGUGUUGGUCGGUAACUGAUGAUGCAAAAAUACUUUACACGUUUCAACACUAAACUAGACUUUUCUCACCUCCAUUGUUUUUGUUUGUUCUUUACAAUAAAGUUGUGUGUCCUUCUCAACAGAAAUCUUUGGUCAGCUGUCAGAUGGGAUGACUGUGACUCUUCGUGAGAGUGAGGUAUUAAGAUUUUCAGACGUAUUGAUGAAACAGAGGGAGGAAAAUAUCUGAUUUAUGUUUGUUUUUGAAGCAGGAUAUCAGCUGUUAGUGAGUUCAGUGGGUCAAAACCAUAGACUGUAUAUACAAUGGACAACUUUGUUCUGCCUUCCACCUGUAUACGGAUUUGAAGCUGAAAAGCUCUCGGUAUUUCCAGGUUUUUUCUCCACUUCCUUGAACCACCACUUGCGCAGUAGCAUUGUACGCAUUCGGCUGUAUCAAGUGUCAAUCAUAGAAAACAUGAACCCUCUAAUAACUUAAAAAUGGAGCUGCACAGAAAAAUGAGGACUUGAGCACAAACCAGUCUGACAGUAACUACAUGUCAACAUCACAAACAGGGGGGAGAAACAUUUAUAUUCUGUGUGAUAAAUUUCAUAAGUUUGUCCACAGCUCCAUAGGGAUUGCUGAAGGAGGCAGGAUUUAAACCUAUACUGCAGCCUGUCACCAGGGGGUGCUGUUCUCAGGGGUGGCUUCACCCGGCGAGGAGGCAGACGGCGUCCAUUCUAUAUACAGUCUAUGGUCAAAACAUACUAAGCUUCCUCUUUAUUUCAGAGUAGGUGAUAAAAUGAUCUUAAAAGCAUGUUUAUAACCUCUUUCUCUUUUGUUUUCAGUGGAUGUACCUCUCCAUGUACACCUAGAGGAUGAUCAGCAGGAACAAAAGCAGCAGAUGAUAUAAAAGCCAAAUACUAAUUUCUAAAAAAACAAAACAAAACAAAAAAAAAAUCAUUUUUCUGCAAAUGAGCUGUUACAUUAUGUGAAACAUCAGAGCAUUUACUCAUAUCUGGGGUUUGAGAGGUAUGUCUUGUGCUCUUUCUUGUGUCUGCUUCCGUAUUUUGAACCAUCAAGAGUGAAAUGUGUAGUGUAGCAGAUGGUGUGAAUGUUAAAUCUGCUGCAGCUCUACUAAAGCAUGGUGUUUACGACUGUAUCUGACCAGCGCAUAUCUAUCUUCGUCUCUCUGACCUCCUUUUACACUUGCAUCAACAUGAGGUUUCAGUGAUCAGAUCACAGGUGCACUGCCUUAGCGCCUCCUCUUGGACUUUUUUCAGUCAGGCUGAAUGUUCUAGUGGUUUAAGGAGUGACUGUGAAAAACCGGUAGUACAAGGCUGCCAUCUGCUGGGGAAAAUGUCAUCCGAUGUUGUCUUAUGAGCAGGAGAGGUGUGUCCGUGCAAAAUGUGCAUGUUUCUUUUGAUAAAACCUCACAUGAGUAUCAGGUUUGAGGAGGAUUCUGGGUUUUCCUUUUUAGUUUUUCUGUUAGAAGUCCUUCACUUUGAUUUAAACCUCAACAGCUAUCAGAUCGAUCAUUCUGAGGUUUGGGCUCUAAGUGAUGAAGUAGAUCACUUGUAGUUGUCAUUAUCCUCUGAUCAUAUUUACUGUAUUAGCCAAGUCUGGGCGUGCAUCCAUAUGUUCUGUCAUCUCCACUCAUUUUUCUAACUUCCAUAAGAUAAACUUUUCUCUCAGGACCCAAACAAGUUUUGUUACCUUGAGGUAGUGAGAAAAAAAUCAAGAAAACAACUGAAACUUUUUAGAUUUGAAACAAACCUCAAAUUGUUGAUACAGAAAAGCGAGUGCAAUGUCAGAAUAAUGAGAUAAAUAAUUCAAGAUGUCUGUGAAACAACCAGAAAUGAUGUAUCGUCUCUGUAAAACAGCGUUCAUGAAGAGCUUGCAUGUCUGUCUGUGAAACUGUGUUUACUCUUCGGUGUUCAUACAAUGUUUUCAUGAUUUUGUGAUCCGUGACUUUACAUGUAACUUGAUGAGGUUAAAAAGGGGAAGAGACUGUGAACAAAGAAGUUCAUACAAAUGUACUAAUUUUUGUUACUUAUUAAUCAUUUGAGUAUUUCAUUAUUUUUACUUUUAGUCUUUGCAGAGUUUUUAACCUUUCCCUGUCGGAUGAAUCAGUUGUUGCUUUGGUCUUUUAAUAAAAUUUUGAUCAGAAAUUCA